AUGUGCACAAUAUGGCGGCGGCGAAUAGCAACGGCCUUCCUCAACUGUGUGCUGAUGAAGACACUUAAAAACGCAGUGAGGAAGUGGCGAAGAAUGCGCUUCUUCCGGAAGCGUGAUGAUUCUGUGACGCGACAAGUGUCUACAGAUCCAGCGCCAUCCACUUCAGGAACUCCUGCGCAUUACCCGCGCCCACCUCCUGAAUUACUGCAAUUAGAACCUGACGAAGGUCAAAGACUACGAGAACAACAUUUACGACAAUAUUCAUUCUUCCAAUUACGAAUACAUUUGAAGAGAGGCCAGAACUUGGUCGCUAUGGAUAAAAAUGGUUUGUUGUCAGGCACGAGUGAUCCAUACGUGAAGUUCAAAUCUGGCGGGAGAUUGCUGCACAAGUCCAGAAUAGUCUAUAGAGACCUCAAUCCAGUUUGGGAUGAAUGUUUUACUGUUCCUGUCGAAGAUCCAUUUCAACCUGUUCAAUUAAAGGUCUUCGACUACGAUUGGGGUCUUCAAGACGACUUCAUGGGCUCCUGUCAACUAGACUUAACGGCGUUGGAGCUUGGUCGAACUCAGGAUUUGGUGCUAUGUCUUCGAGACCCGAGUAAACCGACCCAGGAUAUGGGUGAAAUUGUCUUGAACGUGACGCUGUGGCCAAAAUCUCAAGAAGACAAAGAACAGACUAAGGAGAUUACUUAUACUAUCCACCCAGUGCUGUUCGAUCCACUGGUGGAUCGAGAUGGUAGAUCCUAA